ACUGUGCCUGUGAUGUUGCCUGAAGGGUUGUCCAAGGCAAGAAGAACCUGUGAGGGGAAAAAUGCAAGUCAGUAACCAAAUAAUUGCAUAACUUGUAAGAUUAGUCAUGAUAACAUAACUUACUUCAUCUUUGUUGCUGAGGCCCAUUUUCGUCAUGUCUAUGGUGAAGUAAUGUUGGUUGGGCAUGACCAUCUCUAUUUCCUCAACCUAAAAGACAGAAUACUUACUUUUUGCUUUAUUUUCUUGCUAUGACUACAACAGACUUGGAGGUUUGAUUUAAAUCUUGUGAUCUAAAAUGUGGACUUACCUCAGGAAUUCGAUCCAGGACCAGAACCUGUGUUUCAUAAAGGGUCUUCUGCACAGAUGGUGAGAACUCUCCACGAUCGUAGGGGCCAGCAAACUUCUCAAUUAUCGUCUCCUUCACACACUUCCUAUCAGGAUGGUGAUGUGAUGAUCAUUAGAUGAAGAAAGUGCAUAAAGAAAUGUUCCCCUUCUUUGGCAAAUUAAGUUACAGACUCCAUCUUGGUUACCUACAACUGAGAUGUUUAGUCAAUGCAGUGUUCUCCUGCACAAGUCUUUUAACAGAUUAUUACCAUGCAGCAUCAAAGUUGACAUCCUGGGUCUUGUUGUAGCGCCACCUAGCAUAGACGGAGGUGCAGAAACAUCUGUCCUUGGUCUCUUGCAGAGUAGUGAAGCGGUCUCGGUGGAAACCCUCAAAACCAGACUGGGUGGUUUUCAGCACCGUCAUGUUCUUCACCCCGCUGUGAACCACUGGGAUGCCUGGAGCACACAGUGAGUUUAUCAUCUACAAACUGCCUAGGUGUAAGAUCGGCGAGGUCAGCAGUGGGGUGGACUACAUGUACCUGGACUCCUCAGUAGGGAGCUGGCAGAUGAGUAAAUUCAUGGUUAACACAAGUCAAGGAGCCAUAGGGAACACACUGAACCAGCUUUACAUGGGAAAGGCCUACAAGUCUAACAGUUCAGUCUAUGCACUAUACAAUGAUGGGCCACCGAUCCUGGAUUACAUCAAAGGAUACGGACACACUAAAGGGGUAUUGCUCUUUGACCGCUCUCAAGGUUUCUGGCUGUCGCACAGCAUUCCCCAUUUCCCCUCAUUCCCUGAGAGAGGCUACCUCUACCCCUCCUCUGGCAAAGUCAAUGGCCAGACUGCUCUCUGCGUGACCUACCGCUAUGAACAGUUCUUUGGAAUAGCAAAGCAGAUGGUGUACCUCUACCCACGUUUCUAUAACUGCUCUGUACCGGCUGCAUUCCUCUCUGACCUGCCGCAGUUGGCCCAGUUAUGUAAGGGCUCCAAACCCCCACUGGCCUCAGAUAAGAGAGUGGAGCAGCUUUUCUCCAUCCAAGGGGAAAAGUUUGUCAGUUUUGUCAAAUCUGAACACUUUGUGGAUGAUAUCUACACGGGCUGGGUGGCUCAGGCUCUGGAUGCCGACCUGCUGGUGGAGUCGUGGCAGACACAAGGUCACGAGCUGCCCUCCAACUGCUCCCUACCUAAACACGUCAUGAACAUCAAGAGGAUUCGGCUUCCCGGACCGGUCCUGUUCCAGUCCUACCACGACCACUCAAAGUGGUGCCUGUCGCGGACCUAUGAGGACCAGGUGACCUGCCUGGGGGAUCUGAACAGGGAGAGGGCCCAGAUGUGGCGUAGUGGGGGGCUGGUCUGCACCUUCAACCCCUUGAUUUACAAGGCCUUCAGACAGGCGGUGGACUGGUACUUUGGCUGUUGAACGAGAAAGAAAGAUGAAGGGAAGAUGACUGGGACUGGGUUAGUGGCAUAGUUUGAAUCCUGUUAGAAUUAAAGCAGCUUGCAUGCAACCAUCA